AUGUCGGAGGUCGAGAAGACGCGCAAGCAACUGAAGAUCAAAGCCGGCGUGGCCAAGCGGCUGAUGAAGGAGGUCGGGAUGUACCGCAAAGAGGUCGAGCAGAACCAGAUCAGGCUCGAGAAGCUGCGCGCCGAUGGCGCGGAGGAGUGGGACGUCAAGAACGCCGGUCUCCUCGUCGCCGAGUCGGAGAAGAUGGUGACCGACUCGUCCGAGAGGAUGGCGCGUGCGGUCGGGGAACUGCGCGACCUUGUGGUUCUCGCGAAGAAGCACCCGGAGCUUUCGAGCGAUGAAGAGUAUCUCAAAGCCGAAGAAGCUCUGGAGGAAGCAGCGCUUUGA